AUGGGCGACAACAUUCAAUGCUUCCUUAGCUUCUUUGGACACUCGCCAGCCAAAAUAGAUGUGAACGGGGAUCUUGACUGGCUCUCUUCGAUUCCAAAUCUUUUAUUUAGACUAAAUGGAGCAAAGGCAACAUCUUCACUUGCAGAUGUGAUCUCACAAAUACUGAAUUCCGCAAAAAGGCCCAUUUUUGUGGUUGAAGUUACCGGAAAGCUUGAUGGCGGCAAAGGUGGCUUUGGGUCCAUGCUACGUGCCCAGGGUGGCAGGAUGUCUAAAAGAAAAGCAUCCAGCUACGAUUCUUGUCGCAACAUCGAUGGAGUCCGAAUCGGAUCCAAAAGGCAGGCGGUCGAGCUGGCAAAAUUCAUCCAAGAAGAGCCGCAUCGUGAGCGUGAACGAGAGGCCGAAAUAGAAAAGGCCAUCGAAACGGCACUUAAUCCUUCCGAAAAAAAGUACUAUGCAAAAGGGAUUCCCGACUAUGUCAAAACCCAAGAAACCAUCGCAGAGGUGCUUGAGCAAGCGUUUGCGGACAAGUUUUCCUCGUCAGAUUCUUCGGAAGGCGAUUCUGAUCUUGAACAUGGAGACUUUGCAAAAACGAUGCCGAAAGAACAAUCUGCCGUCAUUAGCCGCCACAAUUAG